UAAAAAGAGAGAGAGACAGAGACAGGACAGAGCGAGAGACGGGUACAGCUUUUCCACUCUGCAGAAUUAGCCACCGAUUUCACCCCAGACACACGUUACUCCAAGGAGCUUUUGCCAAUCAGUGAUCAAUCCCCUGGCUGGAGACUUGGCUGCAUCACAGACCCCAGCGACGAUCUGCUGCUUCCCCAUCACCAUGAAGGCUUCUCUUGUCGUCUGCAUCCUCGCUGCUCUCCUGGCUACGGGGUCCUGCCUGCAGUGUGAGGUUUGCGAAGGGCAAGGAACCAGCUGCACGGGCACCAUGCAGACCUGCCCAGCUGGGCUGGACUCUUGUGCCAUCUCUCUCACAAUGACUACAUUGGCGGGAGUGAAUACCCAGAGCAUUCACAAGGGCUGUGUGAUGUCCAGGCAAUGUAGAGCCGGCCCCAUCUCUAUGAAUUUUGGACAGGGAAUGACAAGGACGGGCAUCGCCUGCUGUGUGGGAGACGCCUGCAGAACAACCACCGUUACAGUGCCCCCGGCUGACACCAAACCCAAUGGCCACCGCUGCCCAGCCUGCUAUGUGAUGAAUGCUGGUCAAUGCAGUGAACAAACCAUAGAGUGUACUGGAUCCGAGACCCGAUGUCUUGAUGCUGCUGGAACCAUAACAAGUGGUCGAAACCCUGUGCAGAUGGUCAUGAAGGGCUGUGUUUCCCAGUCCAUCUGCAACCAGCUACAAGUGGGUUCGGGAACUGUCGCAGGGAUCAAUGCAAGUUUAACCACGGCCGAAUGCAAAGAGACCUAUGGUCCGGCGGGCGGGGCACCAGGAGCAGCCGGGCUCCUCCUCCCGGCCCUCGCCGGGCUCCUUCUGCUGAAUCUUCUCUCCUGAAUCACCACCUGGUGCAAUGGUCACAUCACCCUGCAGCCUGCGUUAGCCCCUCUCCCCACCAGGGCUUCCCGGCUCCCGGGUGGACUCGCAUCCCCUUUGUAUGGUGCUGAA